AUGCGACCAGUGGCAGAAGCACCGGGUGUUGAAUUGGGCAUCCAUCUAUCUCCUCUCAUCUCGUUUUCAAGAGCAACACCACCAAAACCGGCAAAAUGCGACGCCCGCACAUGUCCCUGGUGGCCUUACUCCAACUCCAAGGAAUUCAAAACAAAUUCUGUCAUGAUCCUCACCAUCCUCUUCUGUGCUCUCUUAUCAGCUCUAGCUUUCAAUGCUUCCAUUCGCUAUCUCCUGCGUCGUCGCCGCACAGUACACCAUGGACCAGAAGAACAAGGGAAAGAGAGAUCAAAGACCCAAUUAAUGCGACCAGUGGCAGAAGCACCGGGUGUUGAAUUGGGCAUCCAUCUAUCUCCUCUCAUCUCGUUUUCAAGAGCAACACCACCAAAACCGGCAAAAUGCGACGCCCGCACAUGUCCCUGGUGGCCUUACUCCAACUCCAAGGAAUUCAAAACAAAUACUGUCAUGAUCCUCACCAUCCUCUUCUGUGCUCUCUUAUCAGCUCUAGCUUUCAAUGCUUCCAUUUGCUAUCUCCUGCGUCGUCGCCGCACAGUACACCAUGGACCAGAAGAACAAGGGGUAGUAGAUGAACAGCAAUUCAAGCCAGACCUCUGCUCCCUGGCCACAAUGGUGUUUUCUGCAGGGAUGAAUCUGGUAGGAGCAGAGGCAGAGUGCUCCAUCUGCCUCUUGAGUUCAUCGAUGGCGAGGAAAUUCGAGUGUUAG